AACAUCUUCACAUUCAAUCGUCGCUCAAGCGGAAGAUCAAAGGUUACACACCAAGUUUGGGGUCAAUUACAGCCAACGAUUCCUUUCCUUUUCCUUUCCCAACGACUUCAUCUGAAAGGAAUUGCUUCAAUCCUUUGCCAAGUUUGCUUUCCUGGAUGGCCGUAAUCUCUUCGACGGCAGUUGCUGUUGAGGUAAAGCGGUGUAUUGACUUUAGUUUGAGACUUGAUAACGCAACAGAGAAUCACACGAGGUUCCAACACACAGUGAGUACCCUAUUCCGAGAAACAGAAUGAACUCGAGCGUACAGUUUAUUGGCUUUCUCUGGCGUCUCGAAAUCUUCCCAGACAUCCUCACUCUCUGCUUUUGCCGAGUCCGCGAUCUUGAAAAGACAGUAGCCCAGAGACGUCUCGUAUAGGACGAGCAUUUUUAGAGCAAGAAAUGAAACAGAGGAAAGCAAGAGAUAAGCUGGGCCAACAGAAGUUUGUCACUGGGAUGGUCAACGAUUGAAUUCCCAGAAAUUUUGAGAGUCGUGGGAACAUACCCUAGAAAGGCAGUUUGAUGGCUGAUGAAGUGAUCGAAGCAAGCCCCGAUCAUUUCUUGAGUAUUCUCCUCUACUUCACUGUGUUGAACGGUAUCUCUCCAACAACAGCGUCAGACAAUGCCUAGAGAACACAGGAAGCGCGGCAAAAAGCAGAAGAAACAGGCGAAUACAGAAGACGCUUAUCCUCCUAAACCUGUCGUAGAUGAAGCUUAUGACCAAAAUGAAGCUGGGCCUUCAUGGAUUGUUUCGGCACCGCGUACUAGUUCCGAAGUCAACGACGAAGCUCCCUAUGGAUACGUCGACGCUGAGGUCAAGGCAUACUUCCGUACUGUAGAUCUACAAAUACGUGAUUGGCAGGAGAACGAACACCAGGCAGAGGCUGAGCCAGACGCAGACCCCAAUGAAGACAGACGUCUCUUCUUUGUUGCCGCUUUAACUGAAAUGUCUGAUAAAGAGAAGCAGCUUGCAACAGAUCCAGAUUGCUCUGUCGUCUUAGAGCGGAUGAUUUAUUCCAUGGAUGACUUUGCACGCAGAGUGUUCUUGGACAGACUCAGCGGUUCCCUGGAGACUCUCGUUAAGCAUAGGUUCGCAUCUCACGUCUGCCAGACAUUAUUCGCAACUGCAUCCACGACAAUUGCUCGAGAAUCAAAAGGAAUAUUUCCUCCAUCUUCGGACUCAUCUGAAGAGGGCGAACUGAGAACUCUGACACAGUUGAUUCUGGAUGCAUGUGAAGAAUUACUUCCAAGUAUCCCUUCGCUUGUAAUGGAUCCAUUCGCGUCGCACGUAUUACGAGCGUUGUUGAGUCUACUUUGUCCCACCAUUUUCCCUCCAGAAUCCUCGCAUAAGCCUUCAACCAUGCGUUCCAAGAAAAGUGCCGCAUAUAAAGCGAAGCAAGGCCCCUUGAAGUCUGUUUUUACGAAUGAUGCCGAAUCGCAGCUGGUGGGACAGACCAUUGUGCCGAAUGAGUUCUCUUCAAUAGCUGCACAAUUUGUGACAACUCUACGGGAUCGCCUGGAUGAAAACGAAGUUCGCGUAUUGGCUGCGAAUCAGGUUGCUAGUCCCGUCUUGCAAAUGCUAUUGGAGGUGGAGGCAGACAAAGAAAUGGCUGAUGAACCGGGUUCAAUAAUGGACCGUGUCCUGGCUGGAUUGAUCUCUGCAUUGCACGAAGAUCCCACUGCUGUACCCGAACCGUCCGACUACGUUGGUACUCUCUUACGUGACCCUACUUCAUCUCAUCUUCUUGAAACUUUGAUAUCUCGUUCCCCCGAGCCCGCGUUCAACGUGGUAUGGGACACAUACUUGAAAGGCAAAUUUGCAAGAUUGGCAGUUCACCCUGUUGCCAAUUUCGUUGUGGCUAAAGCACUCGCUCGGGCCAGCCCAGCCCAGAUUUCACAAGCCUGCGAAGAAAUCAAAGCUGUAGCAGGCAAGAUCCUCAAGGCUUCGCGUAUCGGUGUAUUCCGUGCUCUGGUAGAUCGUGCCGCGGCCUUGCAUUCUCAGGAAUCGAUUGUCAUCGAAUGCAUAACAACGACUUUUGAGCUGUCAAGUGAAGACGAUUACAAAUUAGCUGUGCCUUGCAUAUUGCGUUUGCUGCCUGCCAGUGAAUACCGUGUAGCCGUGGAGAAGGCCCCAAAACAACCCGAUACUAAUGAGCGUCAAGCACCGAGGAGAAGGAAAGAAGCAGAAGAUCCAAUGGAGCCUAAAACGCAGGGUGCUGUUCUCCUGCAGUCCAUGCUUCGCUUGGAGUCUCCCUACAAUGAGUUCAUUGUGAACAGCAUUCUGUCGCUCCCGAUGGAUGAACUGUUGAAUAUGGCAUAUCACGUCACUAGCUCUCGAGUCCUCGACGCACUAUUGGAUUCGCCUACCGUUGCCUCUAAAAGCAAACGCAAAUUUGUCCUGUCUCUGAUUGGUCACUACCAUGUUCUGGUCAGUGACAGGAUUGGAAGUCGAGUUGGGGAUCGUUGCUGGGAUUUUGCAGAUCCAUAUCUAAGGGAGAAGAUCGCUCGCUCACUCAUCCCUCAUGAGCAUACACUUGCAGGAUCGUUCUGUAGCAGAUUUUUCGCUCGCAAGCUAAAUUUGCAUCUGUUGCAACGAAACGUGGAUGAAUGGAAGGAUAUGCAAACGAAUAGUAAAUCUACCGAACAAUCCAAACCCCAAGCUCCUGCUUCAAGAGUUGCAUCGGCGCCAGUACCGCCAACGAACGUUGCUGAAGAGCCCUCAACGCACAAAUCUCAAAAGCGCAGGAGGAAGGACAGAACAGAGGACGAAAUUGACGAACUCUUCGAUACAACUCUGGGCAAGAAGAUCAAGAGGGCUGGACUUACGGAUGUAGAGCCAGCGCAGGUCAAGACCAAGUCGUCUGAAAAAAAGAAGAUUGUGGAGGAGGUGCGGGACAAGGGGUUGAAGGAUAUUCUGGGUGCUAUCCGGGCAGCUCCAAAAGAUGACAGGAUUCAUAGCAAGAAGAAACGCGCGAAGUAGUCGGCAGUUCUGGAGUAGGAAAAGUACUGUACUGCCUAUACCUCAUGUAAUGGCUUUAUACUAUUGUGGUCACCUUG